AAAGACGUCAAAGUGCGGUUGAAAAGUACUUCCCAGAAAAUCGUCUUCGAAAAUUAUAUUUCAGUGUAAUUUAGAGCGUGUCGGGUUCUUCAUAAAUACUGUGAGUGAUGUGAAUCGCCAUAAGCAUCACAUGCGUGUCGUGACUGGAACAUGCGUUCAUCGUGAAGAGUGUUCUGUCGGUUAAGACUUACCGGUUCUUCGAUCUUGGAUACCCUGGUUAUCUGCGUGUGGGAUGGGAGAUAGUGACUGGAGACCGUUUAUUUAUGGCGGCCUAGCGUCGAUAGUGGCGGAGUUCGGCACAUUCCCAAUAGACACAACGAAAACACGUCUGCAGAUCCAAGGUCAGAAGAUAGACCCUCGCCAUGUGCAGCUCAGGUACACGGGGAUGGUGGACUGCUUCGUCAAGACCUCGCAGCAGGAGGGCGUCAAGGCACUGUAUUGUGGUAUCUGGCCGGCAGUCCUGCGUCAGGCGACAUACGGCACGAUAAAGUUCGGCACGUACUACUCGCUGAAGAAGGCCCUCGCGAAGCAUCGCGCUGAUGGCGGGUCUAAGGAGCAUCUCCCUACGAACACGUUCUGCGCGGCGUUCGCUGGCGGGCUGUCCAGCGCCAUCGCCAACCCAACAGACGUGCUCAAAGUCAGGAUGCAGGUGGGCGACGAGAAGCGCAACCUGGUGCGGUGCUUCGUGGAGAUCCAGCGGCUGGAGGGCUGGCGCGGGCUGUGGCGCGGCGUGGGGCCCACGUCGCAGCGCGCGGCCGUGAUCGCGGCGGUGGAGCUGCCCGCCUACGACGCGUGCAAGAAGCGCCUGACGCCGGCGCUGGGCGACUCGCCGCUCAACCACCUCGCCUCCAGCGCGCUCGCCAGCCUCGGCAGCGCCGUCGCCAGCACGCCGCUCGACGUCGUGCGGACGAGGCUAAUGAACCAAAGAAAAGUGAAGGAUCACAUAGCGAAACCGAACGAGAGGAUAUACAAGGGGACCGUCGACUGCUUCUUACAGACGGUGCGCAACGAAGGUUUCCUGGCGCUGUACAAGGGUUUCGUGCCGACGUGGCUGCGCAUGGGCCCCUGGAACAUCAUCUUCUUCAUCACGUACGAGCAGCUCAAGCAGAUGUACUAGGUGCACCGACAUGCGCACGCGCCGCGCCCACGCGCCGGGACACAACCAGAUUCGUGUUCGAGCAGUGAGAUGUAGAUUGUCAGGUGGGAACCGACGAGCUUGUAGUAUGUAGUGGACACUAUAGUUGACUGUUAACUUAUUGAUAUAUUUCUCGCCACUUUCUCGCAGUAGUGUAUUCAAUUCUGGUAAUCCUGGCGAAGAAUAAAAUGCUGCGUUGUAAUAUGUACUAUCGCAAAUAAAUCAACGUUCAGCGUUAGCGACGCUGUUAAUCUACAUGAAAGGAGUUUUAAAAUACUUAAAACUAUUUUUGGGUUUUGCCGUCGCAAAUAAAAAAUGUUGAGACAUCAAAAUAAUAACGGUAAACUUACCUAUAUUUGAAAAUAUAUAAUACAUGUUACUAUGGAAUAUUCGAAAAUAUUCAUACAUGGAUUUUAAUGUAUACUUCGUAGUUGAUCAAGAAUCAUACAAAACCAACUUAAGAAUAAGCUACUGGCGCCCACCGCGUGGCCUAUGUAGAAACUCAAGCAAAAAGAAACACAAUACCGACUAUAUAAAGUAGUAAUUCGGUUGUUCGAUGCUUAAAUGUGUUGUAUAUAAGUUACUUUAUUAGCAAAA